CAUGGAUGCGGGGCAUCUUUAUUCCCCAUGAUCCGUCUAUUUCCUACUCAUCUCCAUCAUCCUUCACGCCAACGCCGCCUUGACCAAAGCUAACGAUAGCUUCAUUCAAGUAACAAACGCACUAAUCUCAACCCCUUCCUAACUUUGCCACAUAAUUUCCACGACAGACUUGACCUUAAACGCUUCACAGCGUCUUCGCCUCAGCUCAUCAUGGCUGCCUCGACCCCCGCCAACCCUCUGCUUUCUAACCAGAAGAGUUCCGAGCUUCAGGCUGUUCUUCACCCGCUGGUGCUCCUCACCAUCUCCGAUUAUAUCACACGGCAUACUCUUCGCCAACAGGAAGGCCCCAUCAUUGGCGUCUUGUUAGGUCAACAAAAUGGUCGCGAAAUCACAGUCGAGCACGCCUUUGAAGCUCACACCCGACAAGAGCCCAGUGUGCAAGGUGGAUACCUCCUCGAUGCCACGAAAUUCGGUGCACGGUUAGAACAGAUGAUCACUGUCCACAAAGACAGACACCUCGACCUCGUUGGAUGGUACACCCUCCUACCCUCUUCAGGUCCGACCCCAACUAUCCUACCAAUCCACAAUCAGAUUCUCGAAGGUUGGAACGAGUCAGCCAUACUCCUCGGAUUCCACCCGGAACAGGUCCUUGAUCACUCCGUCGGUGGCAGACUUCCGCUCACUAUUUAUGAAAGCAAUUAUGAAGUCGACGAUCCAAAGGCGGAUAACGAUGGAGAGGACAAGAAGAUGGAUGACGCGGAGCCCGCUCUUAAGCUCAAGUUCAGAGAGCUGCCCUAUUCGGUUGAGACCGACGAAACAGAGAUGAUCAGCAUGAACUACGUUGCUGCUUCAGGAGGAAACGCUGCUGCCGCUCCACAAAAGGAAGACAAGCCCUCUUUGUCCAUCGAGUCAAAUGGCAAAGGCAAGCGCCGACUAGUAGAGAGUCACGAUGAGGAUCACAACAAGGCGAUUGCGCCGGAUGAUGAGGUUGCUCUGACGCCGGAAGAGGACGAAACGAUUGCUGCCCUCACAGCAAAGGCCAACGCUAUCAAGAUGCUCCAGUCGCGGAUACUCCUUCUCACCACCUACCUAGAGCGUCUUCCCCCCUCGUACAUCAACGGGAACGCAGCCGAUUCCAGUAGCAUGGACGCCGACUAUACCACUCCAUCAGCGACAGUGCUUCGCCAGAUCCAAGCCCUCGUCAGCCGCCUGGACCUCGUCAUUCCCUCGGACAGAGCCGCAUUUGAGCGCGAGAUGCUCCAUGAGGCGAACGAUGUUAACCUGGUGAGACUCCUUAACGGCAUUGUCCAGAGCGUGGGUCAGGCCCGUGACGUUGGUAAGAAGUUCUAUGUUGUCGAAAACGCAAAGGCGUCGCACCGUCGUGGUGCUCCUCCUGGCCCCGGACAGGAUUUUGUCAUUGACCCAGCGGCUUACAACAUUCGUGGAGCUGGCGAUCUCCUGGUUUGAGAUUGCUAGAUAUACGGAUAAAGGCACGAUGAUGCGUUUAACAGAAACGACUUAGUUACAUUCAGCCGGGCGUUUGGUGUUUGAGCUAGAUUACAACUUCGAGUCGUGUUUUAGACAUGAAUUAAAUCAUAGACUAGUUAGCCAUGUCGUGUUCACGAGUCCAGUUGUUCGUGGAGAUAUCCCGGCUUCAUGUGUCAAGUCAAGAUAGGGCGCAAGUGUUCAUGUUAAUAUCGUGGACUAUGUCUGCUAGGACGAACUCCUUGCCAAACCGUUCUUCUAGCCCAUUAAACCACUUCAUAUCAUACUUGUUAUCUCUCCAACCAAACCCAAUUAAACCCCCAAACUACCAGGAUAGUUGCUGAUAUCUUCAUAACGAGAAUCUAUUUACACAUCCACCGUGAAGCACGCCACUGAUGUAGC